GGCCUUGAGAUAUCAACUAAUUAAACUCCCUAUUUUCCAGCAUGUUUCGGGGGCAUUGUCACGGAGCUUCUCCACAAGUAGGGUGGCUGCGGCAACCCAGAUGACUGUUCGUGAUGCCCUCAACUCCGCUCUUGAUGAGGAGAUGGAGCAUGAUGAGAAUGUGUUUUUGAUGGGUGAGGAAGUGGCUCAGUAUGAUGGUGCAUAUAAGGUGUCCCGAGGAUUGUGGAAGAAGUAUGGAGACAAGCGUGUUAUCGACACUCCUAUUACGGAGAGUGGCUUUGCCGGUAUUGCUGUUGGAGCUGCAAUGGGUGGCCUUCGUCCAGUGUGUGAGUUCAUGACCUUCAACUUCUCCAUGCAAGCAAUUGACCACGUGAUCAACUCAGCCUCAAAAACCUUCUACAUGUCUGCUGGUUUGAUUCAUGUUCCAAUCGUGUUCCGUGGUCCCAAUGGAGCUGCUGCUGGCGUAGGAGCUCAGCAUUCGCAGUGUUUUGGUGCCUGGUACUCCCAUUGCCCAGGCCUUAAGGUUGUGUCACCCUACUCCUCAGAGGAUGCGAGAGGUCUCCUGAAGGCUGCUAUCCGUGACCCUGACCCAGUUGUUGUACUUGAGAAUGAGAUUCUCUACGGCCAGCCAUUUGACAUCUCGGAGGAGGCUCUUUCCAAAGACUUCGUAUUGCCUAUUGGAAAGGCAAAGAUUGAACGUUCAGGACAACACAUCACCCUUGUUGCUCACUCACGUGCUGUGAUGCUGGCUUUGGAGGCUGCCAAUGCUCUUGCUGGAGAGGGAGUGGAAUGUGAAGUGAUCAACCUCCGCUCACUGCGUCCACUGGAUGAGGCCACGAUCAUUGACUCUGUGAUGAAGACCCGCAACCUUGUGACAGUGGAGCAGGGUUGGCCUCAGAGUGGCAUUGGCUCAGAAAUUUGUGCCAGGAUAGUUGAAAGUCCUGCCUUCCACUAUUUGGAGUCUCCUGUAGUGCGUGUAACUGGGGUGGAUGUUCCCAUGCCUUAUGCCAAGAGCUUGGAGCUUGCCUGUAUCCCACAGCAACAUGAUGUUGUCAAGGCUGUAAAGAAGGUUCUGAAAAUUAUCAAGUAAAACUGCACAAGUAAUGGUCAACAUAUAGAUACCAACAUGUAUUUAUUUGGGGUUAGAGAUCUUGUCCCGUGUGAUGCAGUAGUGUCCAGUCUUUUGAUCUCUGACUGUGCAUACUCAUUCUCCGGGAAUACAAGUCAUAUAUUUUUGUUUAUUUAUUUAUGUUAUGUUUAUUUGGUUGUUGAAAUCAGUUGUAAAUUUAGAAAUUAUGAAGUUAGAUUGUUUUAUAUGAAUAAUUUUGUGAUGUGCCUGUAGAACAUUAUUUUGAUGGUAAAGGACUUAAAAUCAUAUUGUAUUUCCUUGAUUAUAUUUCUCCUUGUUGGUGUACAAGAUCUAAACAGAAUUCCAUUUCUAUGAAGAACAAGAAGUUAUUUAGCAUUUUAGAUGUAUAUAGCAUUUGUUAACAUAUGUAAAUGUAAACAUUAAACCGGCUCAUUUUUAUAAAAUCUUUUGACAUCCUUUAUAAAUUGUUUUCCUCAUUUAUUUUGUUGCAUUAUACAACUAGGAUGCAUGUGGAUACUUGAGAAGAAGCAGUUACUAAGAAAUGCAACUAAAGAUUUUAUAGAAAACAAAGUAUGAAAUGUAUUGUUCACUAUUUUCUAAAUAUUCAUAUAUUUUACAUAGUUGAUUAAAUGGUAAAACAAAUGAUUGUCAAUUGUUAAUAUAAAGACAAUGGAGUUAAAAGAUCUGUGUUAUUGAUAAAAGAAAUAUGUAUAGAAAAUAUAUGUGUGUUCAGUGUCAGUUUUUGUUACAAAUGUUCAAAUAUUAAAUGGCUUGUAUUUUUUUUAUAUUUUCAAAGUUAUUUGACAGUUCCACACCAGAAGUUAACAGAAAUGUAUACACUUUUCUUGGGAGUAUGAAAGAGCCUUUUGAGAAAGGAAGAAUAUCAACUUGCUUCUGUUAUGCAAUAUUGUGUAUAUAUCCUAAAUAUGUUGCAUAAUAGAGCAAGUUUGUACAAACAGUAUAUCUUAUUACAAUAAAGAACUGAGGGUAGUUGUAAUAUAGACA